CUUUUUAAAUUUCCUUUUGUUUUCCAAUUUUAUUUUGAUUGUUUAUUUUAUUCUCUCAUUAAUUUUGUUCAUUAUUUAAUUUAUUGAUCGUUAUGAAGGUGAAACGUUACAAGAGGGUUAGUAAGUACUUACAAUUUUAUCGUACUAACUUUGGUUUCCGAGCUCCUUAUCAAGUGCUAAUUGAUGGGACCUUUUGUCAGAGAGCUUUGAAAAAUAAAGUUAAUAUUCGUGAGCAAUUACCUAAAUAUAUUGGAGAUGAAGUUACAUUUAACACUACUAUUUGUGUAAUUAACGAGGUACAAAACAUUGGUCACUCUGUUUAUGGUGCAUUUCUAAUUGUUAAACAAUUUAAACCCCGUAAAUGUGGACAUAAAAAUCCUAUUGGUGCUGCAGCCUGUAUUCGUUCAUUGGUUGGUAAAGAAAAUUCAGAUCACUUUAUCGUCGCCACUUCAGACAAAGUUUUGACACAAGAAUUACGGAAAGUACCUGGAUGUCCUUUGCUCUAUUUGAAAAAUAAUAAUAUGAAUUUAGAAGCACCUUCGCAGGCUAGUAUUGAAAAUGGAACUGAGAUAAAACGUAAACAAGUUGGAUCUGAACAAGUUGAACUUGAACGUUUAAGGGAAUUGAAAGGUGAACUAUUAGGAGCCAAUGAAGAGGAUGAAGCAAGUAAAAAGAAGAAAAGAAAAGGACCCAAACAACCUAAUCCAUUAUCUUGCAAAAAGAAGAAAAAAAUUGCAAAUAAUCAAGCAAAUAAAACCAAUUCAAAAUCAACCGAAGACUCGAAAACUGAAAGAAAACGAAGAAGAAGAAAACAAUCAACAAAUUUCUCUAUCAUCCAAAAAGUUAUUGACACUUUCACUAAACCAAAUAACGAAGAAAAUCCAGACAAUUAACAUGUUAAAAUGAUUUUUUUAUUCAAUUAAAUUAACUAAUUUAGUUUCUCUUCACAAA